AUGUAUUCAAUUUCUCAACAACAAAAUAAUGAUUAUCAUGAUACAGAUGCUAAUUUAGCAUUUACAAUUCCUCGUGAAUAUAUUACUCGACAAGAUCUAACAUCUGCUUCUUUAUUUCAUGGUGGUAUUGAUAGUCCAUCUGUAAAUGCAUAUGAUCCAAUAUUAAAACGACCUGUCCAUAUAACAAAAUACCUAUAUCUAAAAUCAAAAACAAGUACUCAACAAUAUAUCAAUCAUCUCUAUGAACGAAUUUUUAUAACAAGUAAUUUAUCACAUCCAAAUGUUCGUCGAAUAUUAUCUUGGUAUAUUGCUGAUGCAUGUCUUUAUUCAGUCACUAGUAUUAUACAUAGAACAUUACGUGAUGCAAUUCAAUCAGAAACAUUUUCAUUAGAACGUAUUUAUCGUUUGUCAUUACAAAUAAUUCAUGGAACAAUUUAUUUACAAUCAAAAGGUCUUUGUCCAUUAACACCAUGGUAUACAACAAAUAUUGAAUUAACACGUGAUGAUCGUAUACGUCUAUGUUCACCGACAAUAUCAACAACAAAACUUAAUGGUGGUGUUGUGCAACAUCAUCAUUUAUGGCGACAUGCACCUGAGAGUUUAAUUAAGAUGAUAAUUGAUCAAGACACUUGUGUUAACAAUAAAACAAAUGAUAAUUCCAAAGAAGAUGUUUGGUCAAUAGGUUGUAUAAUAGUUGAAAUGAUGAUAAAGUCAAUAUUAUUUCGUCCACAAAAUGAUGAUCCAUCAUUACAACUAUUCUGUAUUGUUCAAUAUGUUGGUGGUUUAACAUUAUCAUUAUGUGAACAUUUUCCAUUUCAUGUAAAAAAAUUAUUUUCAAAAAUAAAAUUUGAUGGUCAUCAACAACGCCUUCAUAGUUUAUUAAAACAAAUAUUUAACCAUGAACGAAUAAAUCUUCAUGAACAUCAUCUUCAUAAGAAAGAAUAUUUAUAUGAUUUAUUAAAAGAAAUUUUUCAAUUUCCGCAGGAUAAACGUAUAUCAUUACAAUCAUUAAUUGAACAUCCAUUUUAUUCAAUAAAUUCUUCAUUAAAAAAUUCUAAAAUACGAAUAAAUUCUUCAACAUUAUUAUUAUUACCACCAAUAAAAACAUCAUCGAUUCGAAUUGAUGAUCUUAUACAUUUAUGUGUAAAAUUAAAUUUAACACAUUCUCGAUGGAUUUUAACACUUAAAGAACGUUGUCUAUUUGAAUUGAUUUUACAUAUUAAAAAUUUUAGUCGAUUUGAAUCUUAUAAAUAUGGUUUAAGUCAAUCACUUCAAUUAGAGAUUAAAAAUCUUAUCUGUUUUUUAACAAGUAAUUAG